UCUUAAGACUCAGGACAUCAGAGUCCAUGAGAGAGGAGGAGCAGGAGGAGCAGUAGAGGAGCGGAAUGGAGGAGGACAAGCAGAACCCGGAGCACCGGAGCAACAAGGUCCGGAGAAGACAAGCAGCAGGCUCGUCCUCUGAUAGCAGCGAUGUUGAGGAACAGAGAGGAAGAGAGGAACUUAUACGUCACCACCGUGACAAAUCCUUCACAACAUCUGGAUCUUUAAAAAUUCAUCAAAGAGUUCAAACUGGAGAGAAACCAUACAGCUGUGACCAAUGUGAGAAAACAUUUUUGCGCUGCAGUGCCCUCAAAGCCCAUCAACGCAUUCACAUUGAAGGGGAACUGUCCAGUUUUUUCCAAAGUGGGAAGGAUUUCACAGAGUCAGGGAGCUCAAGAAAACAAGACAUUGACACAGCAGAGAAACCGUUCAGCUGUGAUCAAUGUGAGAAAGCUUUCACCACUCUACGUAGCUUAAAACGUCACCACUGUGUUCACACUGCAGAGAAGUCGCACUGCUGUGACCAAUGUGGGAAAACUUUCACACUCUCAGGUAACUUGAAAAUCCAUCAGCGCAUUCACACAAGAGAGAAACCGUACAGCUGUGAUCAAUGUGGCAAAUCUUUCACAUUCUCAGGUAACUUGAAAGCCCAUCAGCGCAUUCACACAGGAGAGAAACCAUACGGGUGCGACCAAUGUGGGAAAAGGUUUUCUGGAAUAGGAACCUUAAUAUCUCAUAAACAUAUUCACACUGGUGUAAAACCAUACAGCUGUGAUGAAUGUGGCAAAGCUUUCACACGAUCAGGUCACUUGAAAACCCAUCAACGCAGUCACACAGGAGAGAAACCAUACAGCUGUGAUCAAUGUGGCAAAGCUUUCACACAAUCAGGAUGCUUGAAAACCCAUCAACGCAGUCACACAGGAGAGAAACCAUACGGGUGCGACCAAUGUGGGAAAAGGUUUUCUCAAAUAGGAAACUUAAUAUUUCAUAAACAUAUUCACACUGGCGAGACACCAUACAGGUGUGAUCUAUGUGGCAAAGCUUUCACACGACCAGGAUACUUGAAAGCCCAUCAACACAUUCACACAGGAAAGAAACCAUACAGCUGUGAUCUAUGUGGCAAAGCCUUUGUACGGUUAGAGGACUUAAAAAACCACCAACGCAUUCACACAGGAGAGAAACCGUACAGCUGUGAUCAAUGUGGCAAAGCCUUUGCACGUUCAGGGGCCUUAAAAAAACACCAACGUAUUCACACAGGAGAGAAACCCUACAGCUGUGAUCAGUGUGGCAAAGCCUUUACACAGUCAGGGACCUUAACAGACCACCAACGUAUUCACACGGGAGAGAAACCGUACUGGUGUGACCAAUGUGGAAGAUUGUUUGCCCGGUGCAGUACUUUGAGAACCCACCAAUGCCGGCAUGCAGGAGAGAACCCGUACAGCUGUGACUAGUGUGAGAAAGCUUUUAUUUGAACGGUAUGACUUAACUUCUGUCUCUGUACCUCCAACAAGAGUCAACAAGAAGAAGAGCUCCGCCCUGUUGAGCCUCCGUCUUAAUACAGGUGGAGCUCAGGAAGAAAAACUCAGCUGUCUUCUACAUGUGGACAAACACAGGACACAUGCAAGGAUAAGACUGGAUAAGACAUCAAACAUGUUACACAUGAUAACAUACAUCAUAUUAAUCUGGGCCCGUAUUCAAAGAUUCUCAGAGUCCUCUCAGAGAGCUCCUAACUUAGCCUAAAAAAUCCUAGCAAGGAAUCUUAGCUUGAGAGUGAUUUAGGAAGUUUCUGAAAGCAACUCUGAGCAAGGAGGGGACAGAAACUUUUAUCUUAGUGAGGAGGUGUGGUUGACCCCGUUGCUAGGUAUGACGCAG